GGACUGACGAAGAGAGGGAGGUUGUGUCCGCGUUGCUGAUCUCGAGCAGCAGUCCGCUUCUUCGCGUGGUACCUGGGAGUGGGAGAUUCAGAUUCGAAUCCCUUCUCCCUUCCCCCUCCUGGGCAGCAAGGCGAACCCCAUCCCUACUCACUGGAGCUCAGCUUUGAUUUUUAACCUCCCUUCCCCACCCUUCCAGAACACACACAUUCCCAUUCCAAAAUUGAUUUUAUAAAGACAUCUUAAACAUAAUGCAACUUGGUGUGCACUACAGAAAAUUUACAGUGAGAUUUUUUUGAUCUUCAGCUACAUUUUUCGACUUUGUGACAAACCUUAUCAUCAAACACCAUGGCCAGCAAUGUUACCAACAAGACAGAUCCCCGCUCCAUGAACUCCCGUGUAUUCAUUGGGAAUCUCAAUACUCUGGUGGUGAAGAAGUCUGAUGUGGAGGCAAUCUUCUCGAAGUAUGGCAAAAUUGUGGGUUGCUCUGUUCAUAAGGGCUUUGCCUUCGUCCAGUAUGUUAACGAGAGAAAUGCCCGGGCUGCUGUAGCGGGAGAAGAUGGCAGAAUGAUUGCUGGCCAGGUUUUAGAUAUUAAUCUGGCUGCAGAGCCAAAAGUGAACCGAGGAAAAGCAGGUGUGAAACGAUCUGCAGCGGAGAUGUACGGGUCAGUACCAGAACACCCUUCUCCGUCCCCUCUACUCAGCUCUUCUUUUGAUUUGGACUAUGACUUUCAACGGGAUUAUUAUGACAGGAUGUACAGCUACCCAGCACGUGUUCCUCCUCCUCCUCCUAUUGCUCGGGCUGUAGUGCCCUCAAAACGCCAGCGUGUAUCAGGAAACACGUCACGAAGAGGCAAAAGUGGCUUCAAUUCCAAGAGUGGACAGCGGGGCUCUUCUUCUAAGUCUGGAAAGUUGAAAGGAGAUGACCUUCAGACCAUUAAGAAGGAGUUGACCCAGAUAAAGCAAAAAGUGGAUUCUCUACUGGAAAGCCUGGAAAAAAUUGAAAAGGAACAGAGCAAACAAGGAGUAGAGAUGAAGAAUGAUAAGUCAGAAGAGGAGCAGAGCAGCAGCUCCCUGAAGAAAGAUGAGACUAAUGUGAAGAUGGAGUCUGAGGGGGGUGCAGAUGACUCUGCUGAGGAGGGGGACCUACUGGAUGAUGAUGAUAAUGAAGAUCGGGGGGAUGACCAGCUGGAGUUGAUCAAGGAUGAUGAAAAAGAGGCAGAGGAAGGAGAGGAUGACAGAGACAGCGCCAAUGGCGAGGAUGACUCUUAAGCACAUAGUGGGGUUUAGAAAUCUUAUCCCAUUAUUUCUUUACCUAGGCGCUUGUCUAAGAUUUUUCACCAGAUCCUCUCCCCUAGUAUCUUCAGCACAUGCUCACUGUUCUCCCCAUCCUUCCCAUGUUCAUUAAUUCAUAUUGCCCUGCGCCUAGUCCCACUUUCACUUCCUUUGACGCUCCUAGUAGUUAUGUUAAGUCUUAACCUGUAAUUUUUGCUUUUAAUUUUGAUACCUCUUUAUGACUUAACAAUAAAAAGGAUGUAUGGUUUUUAUCAACUGUCUCCAAAAUAAUCUCUUGUUAUUUAGGGAGUACAGUUCUCACCAUUCAUACAUGAGUUCAGUAGUUGCUUCCUUAACUGCAAAGGCAAUCUCAGUUAGUUGAUUAGCACCCGUGAGCAGCUUUGAGUUAGAGGUAUGUGUGUUAUAUCCCACUUGAGUGCUGUGUGGGGCUGUGAAACACAAAUGUAACAGUGUAUUUUUGUGGAAUGAGAGUUGGCAUGUCAUAUGUAUCCUCUAGAAAAAUAAUUAGUGUAAUAGUCUUAAGAUUUGUUUUCUAAAGUUGAUACUGUGGGUUAUUUUUGUGAACAGCCUGAUGUUUGGGACCUUUUUUCUCAAAAUAAACAAGACCUUAUUAAACCAGGAAUUUGGAGGAAAAAAAAAACCCUGGUUUUUUAUUUUUGUAUUUUGUAAUUGUUUACUUCAAAUUCUUUGUUUUACAGCUGGCCUCCACAAAACCCCUAGCAUAUGUACUACAUGUAUUUUGGUUGAGUCAUAAUCAUUAUGCAUACCAACAUACACUAUUCAAAUUAUAUGUCCUUGGUGGGGGCGGGGGAUUGCAUUAAAGAAACAAAAAACUUUGACAUAGAGUAGAGAUUCUUUGGGAUAAUGGCUUUUAUAUCCUAAAGAAAAAGUUUGGAAACGACUGCUCUGCAUUUUCAUCAAUGCUGUGUGGUCUGAGUUGGAACCCCCCUUUUUUUUUGUUGGAUGUCAUAUCAUUUUGUCUUUAAAUAGUAGAGGCUCAAACUUAAGAUUUUAGUAAAAAUCAUUUUCUUCCAUUUUGUCCCUUUAGUUACUAUUUAUAGCCCUAGUUAGCUUUUACUGGAUUCUGAGUCUGUGCUUCAAUUUUACUGAAAGUAGGAAAACUUUUUUCUGAUCUGUAAUCUGUUGCUUUCCCGUGUAAUUGAGAACCUAGAGAGGAUUAUAAAUUUUACUUUCUGUCAAAGAACAUGUUAAUGAUCUUUUACCCAUAUGAAUUAAUUUUCCCCUUCAUUAAUUACAAUGGUUUUUAGGUUUCUUACCACCUUUACCACCUAAACUUACUAGGGAUGUACUUACUAAACAGCUGCCAGAAUUAUGAAUGUUUGUCUAGUCCUGACAGUCCUAAUCAGCUUAGUCCAGUAUUUCCGGAAGGGCAGGAGAAAACAUGGUUUGUUUGGACUGUUUUCAUGUACACAAACCUUGGCUUCCCCCAGAAACUUGCCAUUGUUUCAUGGCAUACAACAAAGAUAUUUAUUGCAUCUUACAAGGGCAAAGAUAGUUCAGAAUAGAAAGCCAUCAUCCUUAAGAAGUCACAUCCUAUUUUUAAGGCUCUACAGAAACCAUUUUAUUACCACUGCAAUGUACUGUUGGAGCUUUUGAUUUCUGACAAAGGAUAAAAAGUAGUAGAAGCUAGGCUACUCUUUGGAGCCUAGAUUCACAAUAUAAAAGUAGCUUCUCUCGUAUGUUAAUUCACAAAAAUACUUCUGUCCUCCCGUUUUAUGCGAUCUUACAUUACACAAAGUCGCUUUCAGCACAGAGCCCAUGACAAUAAAAUAAGCUGGAUAUUUAGAAGAAAGUAUAAAAGUUGUAAAUUGCUAAAAAAAAAAAAACAACAAAAAACAAAACUGCCUAUUUAAGAUUAUUA